UUUGCUCCAUCUCUCAGAGUGAAUCAAAGGAAACUCAUCUUUAGAAAGACUUCUUCUUUUGAGUCGAGUCUUUUAUAUUGAGAGCUUUAUAGUCUCACCAGAAUAGUAAGACUGAUGUUUAAUCUCAAGUGUUUCUGAAGAUAUUAUUUUAUCCACAGAAAUAUACCCUGGAAAAAAUAUAAGAGGCAUCUGUUUUUCCCAAACACUGGACAGCAAGAGAGUUAACACACAAUGGGGCAAGAAGGAUCUCAAAAUAAACAAGGAGGCCAGCACUUCACUUGGGUCAUUGCUAUUGUUUUCAUCUCACUUCUUGGUGCCUGCUUUAUUGCAAAUUGUUUGGUGACCCACACCAACUUUCUACGCUGUAAGAAAAGCAGCACUGGAAUGUCCAAGCUGACAUGCAUUGAGGAAAAAUCAGACCUGAAAGGGGACACCUGGAAUUGCUGUCCUAUUGGCUGGAGAGCCUUCCAGUCCAGCUGCUAUUUUCCUUUUCAUGACAACAAGACAUGGGUGGAGAGUGGAAGGAACUGUACAGGGCUAGGGGCCCACCUGGUCACCAUCAGCACAGAAGCUGAGCAGAACUUUAUUACUCAAUUUUUGGAUAGACGAUUUUCAUAUUUCCUGGGACUGUCAUAUGAGAAUCCUGAAGGCCUCUGGCAAUGGGUGAACAGGACGCCAUUUAACCCACAUAUGGAAUUCUGGCAUAAGGGUGAACCCAAUAAUCAUCAGAAGGAAAAUUGUGUUGUCCUUGCUAAUGACCAAAACAAAUGGGCCUGGAGUAAUCUUUCUUGUAACUUUGAGGCAAGUAGGAUUUGUAAGAAACCUGGAAGAAUACUCACCUGAACGUUAUGAAGAGGUUCCUGUGAUGAGGACAGAAGAGAAGAACCCAUUAGCCUAGGGAAGAAUGUACAUGCACCACUGGAAUAGAGAAAACAUACUAGAAAAUAGAACACUUUCAGGCAUGAUGGGACUUAUUUUUUCAAUUCAUUCAAGAUAAUGUGUUUUUGUUUAGUGCUUUUGUGGAAGGAAUAAUCUCUUCUAUGAAAAUCAGUUUUCAUUAAUUUUGCUUUCUUGAUAGGAUUUCAAAGAAUUUAUUGGUGUGCAUUUAUUACACAUUUAGCAGAAUGGCUUAAACGAUGCAAUGUUUUAGUUAUUUUUUCCUCUACCCCAAAUCUUAACUCUUAAAAUUUAGUGAAAUAUUCACAUUGUAAGACAUAAAAAUGUCGAACCACUAUAUUGUACACCUGAAAUGAAUAUCCUAUAUAAUAAAAAGCAUAAUAUGCAAAUCAA